AUGUAUCUGGUGGCGAAUUUGGUUAGCGUCAGAGGAACUCCAUCGGGUCGUCGUGUAUCGUUCCCCCAUCGUGUUGUCACGGCGAUGGCUGCUUACCAGGUCAAGUGGACUGAUUAUCGCUCUCCUACAAUUGGCUCUGCUUCGAGUUCCGCCGCCAUGCCUAUUGACCAGUCCGUCAAUGAAUUCCCGGACGCAAUGGAGGACGGGGAAAUUCGCGACGACACAGUCAAGCUCGUCUCCAAGAGCUUGUUGCAUGAGUGUUGGAAAAGAGUCCUGUGA